AUGGAGGAGCCUUAUCUCCUACCAACAGGGAACCCGCUGCCUCAUCGCGUGAGAAAGAUGCGCAAGGGAACUCGAAGCUGCACCGAAUGCCGAAGACGCAAAACGCGCUGUGUUUUUUCUCCCGGUGACACCGUAUGCGUGCUGUGCAAGUCCCGGGGCAGUCGCUGUAUCGAACAAGGUUACGAGGACGCCAGUCUUCCAAAUCCCAGAUCUGGUGCAGCUCGGAAAAGCCCUACCGCCGAGAAGGCGUCUCAGAGUCGGAAUGAGCCAUCUGUAGAUCAGCCCCCCAAGUUCUGUGGAGAUGCAGAGACAUCAGAUGCCCUUGCCUCAGAGAGAGCAAACCAUGCUCCGAUUGUAUCUCUACUCGUGGAUGUCAAGCUCUCGGCAUCGGCGAAGGGCGGACAAGACGAGCCCUCAAAUCCAAAACCAAUGCCUUGGUCCAUGCAGCCUCUUGGCAGCAAAUCUGCAUAUGUGUGCUCUACGAUCCGCUCGAUGCUACCCAGCUAUGAUACCAUCAUAUCCGUUCUCACUAGAAACGGGUCAUGGUGGGACAGCUUCCGCUCAAAGGCAUAUGCCAUUUCCGAGGCGCCUUCCCAGACGAUCGAAGCCUUCGCGAAGAGGACCUAUACGAGCAGCAACCCGGCCGAUAUAGGUGCUCUGGCCAUUGCAUUUGCUCGGAGCUUGAAUAAGCAUCGCUAUCUGUAUACUCUGGUAGAUGACCUCGUCAUCUCGGACAUCAACUUCCUGACGACUAUAGAGGGGCUGGAAUGCCUCAUCCUUCUCGCAAAGUCAUAUACCGACUGCGGCCAGCCAAAAAGAGCCUGGCUUGUAUGGAGAAAAGGUGCAUCUGCAACGCAGCUUAUGGUGAAAAUGAGGCUAUGGUGCUCAGUAUAUCACGGCGACAGAUUCUGUAGUAUGCUGCUCGGCUUGCCUUAUGUCCUCAACGACAAUCACUACCAGUCUGUUAUCAACGCGCCGGGGAUGGCCCCAGGCUUUUAUUUUGUCCUCCGAUGCGCCAUCAUCUGUGGAAAGAUCAUUGACCGGAAUAUGACUGUCGGCAAGCCGUCAUUCGCGAGAGCCAUGGAACUAGACGAAGAGAUGGAAAGCGUUGCGUCGUCACAGCCACAGGACUGGUGGGCCGUUACAGAGACCUUGGACCAGCCGCUCGAACAUCUUGAGCUCAACGAGCUCAGAGAGCAGCUAUUGCAACAAUUCUACUUCUACUGGGUCAAGCUGUUCCUCCAUCUGCCAUUCCUGGUGGAGACGACAACGAGCUCGCCACACUACUUCAGCAGAAUGGCCUGCAUAGAGGCAUCCAAGCAGAUUCUAAAGAGAUAUCGACUCUUACGCACCAGAAUGAGGUCGGGCCACUGCUUGUUCGAGUGCAAGACAACAGACUUUGCGUGCUUCACCGCUGCUGUUGUUCUUCUCAUUGGCACGUUCCACACCAGCGCCACGUGUCACUCGUCCAACAGCGUGGAGGAUGACCUAGAGCUGGUGGCAGACACCGAUAGGCUGUUGCUCGCAGAAGAAGUUGAAAACGACUGCAAGGUUGCCGCGCAAUGCCGGAAAGUGCUCCAGAUGUUAAGUAUUAGGGAGGCUGAACCAGCGGAAGCAGAUCGGGAAGUCGUAAUCCCGUACUUCGGGGCCGUGAUCCGCAAACGUUCUCACCGCACACAGCCGGAUCCUCGGCCUGUCACUCUGCCUCGGCCGGGUGGGCACUCAAGUAAGGACCUCGGCGGCCUUGAUAUUCGUCCACCGCCUCCGUACAGCUGCGCCGAACAGACAGCGGCCAUACCAGCCGUGGAAAAUCCGUGGAGUCUGGAAGGAUUCUCGCUAGAGUAUAUAAGCCAUCGUGGAUUUGACAGGGCCAAUUUGGGCGGAUUCCUAGGGGCGGAUGAGGCCGCCUGCACGCAGGAUGAUUCGACAUCGUAUAUGACCUCGGCGGCAAUGGAGUGGGAUCCAGGUUGGAGCGUUCUUGAUGAUAUAGAUGAUACCGGCAGAGACCUUUUGACAGGGAUUGAGGACUGUUUAUGCGACCCGUGCCGAGUAUCCGCUACCCUGCUUCCACCAACUGAAAGACCUAUGUGCUAUGGGGAAAUCGAGGUGACUGCAAAGCCAAGUAAUAGUAAGAAAAUUCUAAACAGUAAUGUUCUAGAUGUCGCUAUUCAUCGAGCAGCAGCAGUAGCUAUUUUACACUCUCAAGAGGGUAUGGACAGCAAGCUCAAGCGUGCUUCGUGGCCGCACAUCUGGCCUGGAGAACUGGUCAAAUAUGAUAAUGGACAUGAAUUGGUGCGCCGUGUGAUUCUGAGCCGCCUUGAAUGGAUGGGUCCCAUCUCACUCGUAUCUCGGUAUCGAGCCGAAAAAUCUCUGCCAUUGGUGCAAAUUGCGUCCUUGGAUGAUGAUAUAAUCGGGAGUCGGGCAUGA